AUGGACAAGCAAUUACUCAUAGCCUUAGAAAAUGAAUCAAAGUCCUUCUACCAACUGAAAUAUAUGAAGGUUUCUAAUUGUAAGAAAUUGGUUGCUUUUCCCGUCUUGGAGGAUUUGGAAAUUAAGAAAUUGCCUAACAUAAUAGAUAUAUGGGACAAGCAAUUACUCAUAGCCUCAGAAAAUGAAUCAAAGUCCUUCUGCCAACUGCAAGAUAUGAAGGUUUCUAAUUGUGAGAAAUUGGUACAUGUGGUCCAAUUCAAUAUGCACCCACUACUGCAAAAUCUCAAAACAUUCAACGUGGAUAAUUGUCCAAGGAUGGAAGCGAUAGUCUCGGAGAAAGAAAAUCAAGAAGGAACCACCAGGAAUGAUAUCAUCGUCUUCUCUCAAUUAUCAACUCUUAAUCUUUCUGAGUUGGUGAGCCUUAAAACUUUCUACAACGGGCCUACAAGAUCUGAAGCACAACCAUUGUUCAACCACCAGGUUGCUUUUCCCGUCUUGGAGGAUUUGGAAAUUAAGAAAUUGCCUAACAUAAUAGAUAUAUGGGACAAGCAAUUACUCAUAGCCUCAGAAACUGAAUCAAAGUCCUUCUGCCGGUUGAAAGAUAUGAUGGUUUCUAGUUGUGAGAAACUGGUACAUGUGGUCCAAUUCUAUAUGCUGCCACGACUGCAAAAUCUCGAAAAAUUCAACAUAGAUAAUUGUCCAAGGAUGGAAGCGAUAGUCUCGGAGAAAGAAAAAGGAGGAACCACUUGGAAUGAUAUCAUCAUGUUCUCUCAAUUAUCAACUCUUAACCUUUCUGAGUUGGUGAACCUUAAAAGUUUCUACAAUGGGCCAACAAGAUCUGAAGCACAACCAUUGUUCAACCGCCAGGUUGCUUUUCCCAUCUUGGAGGAUUUGGAAAUUCAGAAAUUGCCUAACAUAACAGAGAUAUGGGACAAGCAAUUACUCAUAGCCUCAGAAAAAGAAUCAAAGUCCUUCUGCCAACUGAAAGAAAUGAAGGUUUAUAAUUGUGAGAAAUUGGUACAUGUGGUCCAAUUCAAUAUGCUCCCGCGACUGCAAAAUCUGAAAAAAUUCAACGUGGAUAAUUGUCCAAGGAUGGAAAAGAUAGUCUCGGAGAAAGAAAAAGAAGAAGGAACCGGUAGGAAUGAUAUCAUCAUGUUCUCUCAUUUAUCAACCCUAAAUCUUUCUGAGUUGGAGAGCCUUAAAAGUUUCUAUAAUGGGCCUACAAGAUCUGAAGCACAACCAUUGUUCAACCACCAGGUCGCUUUUCCCGUCUUAGAGGAUUUGGAAAUUCAGAAAUUGCCUAACAUAAUAGAGAUAUGGAACAAGCAAUUACUCAUAGCCUCAGAAGAAGAAUCAAAGUCCUUCUGCCAGUUGAAAGAUAUGAAGGUUUCUAAUUGUGAGAAAUUGGUACAUGUGGUCACAUUCAAUAUGUUGCCACGACUGCAAAAUCUCAAAAAAUUCAAUGUGGAUAAUUGUCCAAGGAUGGAAGCGAUAGUCUCGGAGAAAGAAAAAGAAGAAGGAACCACUAGGAAUGAUAUCAUCAUGUUCUCUCAAUUAUCAACCCUUAAUCUUUCUGAGUUGGUGAGCCUUAAAAGUUUCUACAAUGGGCCUACAAGAUCUGAAGCACAACCAUUGUUCAGCAACCAGGUCGCUUUUCCCGUCUUAGAGGAUUUCGAAAUUCAGAAACUGCCUAACAUAAUAGAGAUAUGGGACAAGCAAUCACUCAUAGCCUCAGAAGAAGAAUCAAAGUCCUUCUGCCAGCUGAAAGAUAUGAAGGUUUCUAAUUGUGAGAAAUUGGUACAUGUGGUCCAAUUCAAUAUGCUGCCACGACUGCAAAAUCUCAAAACAUUCAACGUGGAUAAUUGUCCAAGGAUGGAAGCGAUAGUCUCGGAGAAAGAAAAAGAAGAAGGAACCACUAGGAAUGAUAUCAUCGUGUUCUCUCAAUUAUCAACUCUUAAUCUUUCUGUGUUGGUGAGCCUUAAAAGUUUCUACAACGAGCCUACAAGAUCUGAAGCACAACCAUUGUUCAACCACCAGGUUGCUUUCCCCGUCCUGGAGGAGUUGAAAAUUUUGGAAUUGCCUAACAUAAUAGAGAUAUGGGACAAGCAAUUAGUCAUAGCCUCAGAAAAAGAAUCAAAGUCCUUCUACCAACUGAAACAUAUGAACGUUUCUAAUUGUGAGAAAUUGGUACAUGUGGUUCAGUUCAAUAUGCUCUCACGACUGCAAAAUCUGAAAACAUUCACCGUAGAUCAUUGUCCAAAGAUGGAAGCGAUAGUCUUGGAGAAAGGAAAAGAAGAAGAAACCACCAGUAAUGAUAUCAUCGUGUUCUCUCAAUUAACGACUCUUAAUCUAUCAGAGUUGGUGAGCCUUAAAAGUUUCUACAACUGGCCCACAAGAUCUGAAGCACAACCGUUGUUCAACCAUAAGGUUUUUUUUCCAAAGUUGGAGACACUAUUUCUCGAUAAUUGUGUAAACUCAAGAGAGAUACAUCCUUGGAAUGUUCAAGCUGGAAAAAUAAGUUUAAAAUUCCUGGAUGUAGCGAAUUUGGACAAAUUAAUUGUGAGAAAUUGUAGUGAGGUGGUAGAGGUUUUUCAACUUGAGGGGCUAAAUGUUGGAGAAGGACAACAUGUUAGGCCAUUAAUUGAAGUAAGAAUGAUGGAAUUGGAUGGAUUACCUUGGUUGACAUGUUUGUGGAACAAGGAUCCCCAUGGAAUUUUGGGCCUUCAAAGCCUACAAUACCUAACAAUUAAGAAAUGUUCCCUCUUGAGAAAUCUAUUCACAUGUUCUACCGCCAUGGCUCUUGAACAACUUAAAGUACUUUAUUUGGAGUCUUGUCCGGUGAUGGAAGAAGUUAUUACAGCAACAGAGGAUGGGCUCAAGGAAGUGAUUGAUGAUGUGAUUGAGAUCCCAAAGUUGGAGCGGCUAAUACUGAAAGAUCUACCAAACCUCAACAGUUUCUGUAAUGCAAACUAUAAUUUUAAUUUACCAUCAUUACAGAGAGUUGUUUUGAAGAGGUGUCCGAAGAUGCACAACUUUUCUUUUGGACAAGUACGCAUGUCACAGAUAUUUGUAAGUACAUGUGGCAAUGAAGGCCUUCAGAUAAAAGAUCUCAAUAAGUAUUUAGAGGAACGACUUCUGAAAGGAGAGGAAUACGCAACCGUGGAUGAAAAUGAUUACCACGACGAUGAAGAACAGUUCUCCUACCUUGGAUGGCUAUAUGAGUAAAUUAUAUAUGAUCGAGUUCAAGUUGCUGAGAUUGGAGUAUGCUGGAUUACCCUCCUACAGUCAAUGGCAAACUUAUUAUUUCUUCCAAUAAGUUAAAAAGCAAAAAAA